AUGGUUGAAGAUAGGUAUAGAGUAGAGGAACCAAACUUUGAAGCGCAGAAAUUCUAUGAUAUGUUAGAUGCAGCAAAACAGCCGUUAUAUGAUGGUUGUAGAGAUGGUAUUUCACCUCUUUCAGCUGCAACAAGGAUGAUGUCUAUUAAAACAGAUUAUAACUUAAGCGAAGAUUGUGUUGAUGCGAUAGCUGGUUUUGUGAAAGAUAUAUUGCCGGAAGAUAACCUUUCACCAGCUACCUAUUAUGAGAUACAAAAGUUAGUUUUAGGGUUGGGUUUGCCCUAUCAAAUGAUAGAUGUUUGCAUCGACAACUGUAUGCUAUACUGGGGAAGGGAUGUUGAUCACCGACUAAAGAGGUUAUACCAAGCCAAACAUACCGCCGAGGCUAUGAGAUGGCAUGGUGAACACAACAGCAAUGGAGAAAUUGCUCAUCCAUCAGACGCAAAAGCCUGGCAACAUUUUCAGUCAGUGUAUCCUAGUUUUGCAUCUGAGAGAAGAAAUGUUUACCUUGGAUUAAGUACGAAUGGAUUCAACCCGUUCGGAAGCCAUGGGAGACAAUAUUCUCUUUGGCCAGUUAUUGUAACACCAUACAAUUUACCUCCAUCAUUGUGCAUGAAACGAGAGUUUCUCUUUCUCACAAUUCUAGUUCCUGGUCCUGCGCAUCCUAAAAGAUCCCUUGAUGUCUAUUUGCAACCAUUGAUUCAUGAGUUGAAAAUGCUAUGGGCCGAAGGAGUUGAAGUGUAUGAUAUAUCUGCUAGGCAGAAUUUUAUAAUGCGUGCAGUGCUUAUGUGGACCAUAAGUGACUUUCCCGCAUACGGAAUGUUAUCUGGAUGGACAACACAUGGAAGAUUAGCGUGUCCCUACUGUCAAGAUAACACAGAUGUAUUUCAACUGAAGAAUGGAAGGAAGACAUGUUGGUUUGAUUGUCAUAGACGAUAUCUACCCCAUGACCAUCCGUAUCGAAAAAGCACCACUUUGUUUACUAAGAACAAAAAGGUGUUUGAUGGUCCGCCACCAGAAAUAGAUGGAAAAUCUAUCCUGACUCAACUCAGAGAUUUUGGUGUGGAAUCGACAGCUAAAUGUGGGGGAAAUGGGCAUGAUCCAGUUUAUGGAUAUGGCGAAAAUCACAACUGGCACAAGAAAAGUAUUUUUUGGAAGUUGCCGUAUUGGGAGAACCAUUUACUUAGGCAUAAUUUAGAUGUGAUGCAUAUAGAGAAGAAUAUCUUUGACAACAUCAUGAAUACCAUUCUCAAUGUCAAGGGAAAGACGAAAGACAACCUGAAGUCCAGAUUAGACUUGCCAGAUAUAUGUGCCCGAGAAUCUCUCCACGUGGAUGGGAGAGGAAAACUUCCAAUGCCUAUUUAUCGGUUAGAUGCAGCUGCAAAGCAAGAGUUCUUCGACUGGAUUAUAGAUAGCGUCAAAUUCCCAGAUGGAUAUGCGUCUAAUCUAAGGAAUUGUGUUAAUCGCGAAGAAGGAAAGUUUUCUGGUUUGAAAAGUCAUGAUUGUCAUGUCAUGAUGCAGCGUCUUCUCCCAUUUUGCUUUGCUGGUCUUCUUCCAAAACAUGUACAUGAAGCAAUAGCAGGAAUAGCAGCUUUCUUUCGAGAUUUGUGCUCGAGAUCAUUAACAGCAGAUGGAAUCAGAAACUUGAAAGAAAAGAUUUCGAUAAUCCAAUGCAAUCUCGAGAAGAUUUUUCCACCUUCCUUUUUUGAUGUUAUGGAGCAUCUUCCAAUCCAUCUCGCUCGAGAAGCAGAACUUGGGGGCCCGGUUCAAUAUCGAUGGAUGUACCUGGUUGAGCGUUCUAUGUAUCAUUUCAAGCAGAAAGUGAAAAAUUUAAGCCGAGUUGAGGGUUCAAUUGUUUCACAAAGCAUCAAUGAGGAAACAUCCCAGUUCGCUGCUUACUAUUUUGCCCCCGAAGUACAAACUAAAAGUCGAAAACCAUCAAGACAUGAUGAUGGAGGGCAGAGAACAGUUUAUCCUGUCGAGGUGCCUACCAUAUUUUCCCAAAUUGGUCGAGUAAGUGGAAAAGGAAAAGGUAGAAGACUCACCGAAUAA